AAUCGUUCCAUGUAAUCACGACCUAAUGGCCGCUCUCAGACAUAUUUUGUUGUUAAUGUGCCUAGUACUCACACAUGACGGUGUUUUAUGCGGAAUUGCUUCUACAUGGGAUUACUGCGAAUGUAGACGGGCCGAUUGGAUGUCUUGGUCAGAUUGUUCUAGAUCCUGUGGUGUGGGCACAAGAAACAGGUUAAGACAAGUGUGGAUUCGAAUAGACAUAUGUACUCUUGACUUCAAUAACUGCGCUACUGACGAUAUGCGUUCCAAGUAUAGCGACUGUAACACAUUCUGCUACAAUGGAGGAACUUUUACCAGUUCUUGUGCAUGCGUGACUGGGUGGUACGGAAGCUGCUGCUCAAGCGACAUCAAUGAAUGUGCCACUUCCCAUCCAUGUCAACAUGGAUAUUGUACCAACACUCCCGGGAGUUUCUUCUGCACUUGUCAUACUGGAUUCACAGAUCCAUACUGUAGCACGGAUAUUGACGAAUGUCUCUCACUUCCUUGUACACACGGCACGUGUCACAACAGUAUGGGCUCAUAUAGCUGCACAUGCGAUAGUGGAUGGAUGGGUUUUAAUUGUGAUACUGAUAUAGAUGAAUGCUUGGUUCAGCCAUCUGUUUGUUGUAAUGGAAACUGUACUAAUACAGCAGGGUCAUUUUCUUGCGGUUGCCAGUCGGGAUGGACCGGAAGUGCUUGCGAAAAAGAUAUCGAUGAGUGCAGUUCCGCACCAUGUCAGAAUAAUGGAGUAUGUAUCAAUUUGCCGGGGUAUUUUCUUUGCAAUUGUCCUGAUGGAUUAUCCGGCAAUCUGUGCCAGAGUGAUGUUAAUGAAUGUUUGUUAUCUCCUUGCAAAAACGGUGGAGUUUGCCAGAACCUUCAAGGAGGCUACGUUUGUGAUUGUGAUCAGCAAGGAAAGUACAUUGGGAUACAAUGUGAAACAGAGUUUAACGAAUGUCUAUUAUCUACACCAUGUCUGAACAAUGGAAAUUGCACUAGCAGCAAUGGUUCAUUCGCGUGUAAUUGUGCAACUCACUGGAAAGGAAACCUCUGUCAAAUUCCAUCCGUUGCGUGCGAUCCGUCGCCUUGCCAGAAUGGGGGAACUUGUUUACAUUUUAACUCAUAUUUUAUUUGUGUUUGUCCUUUCGGAUAUACCGGCGAAAUCUGCGAAAUAGACAUCGAUGAAUGUGAAAAAGAUGUAUGCUUUAACAAUGGAACAUGUCAAAAUACAAAUGGCAACUACGUUUGUGAUUGUACGGAAAAUUUUCAAGGAAAGAAUUGCUUGGAAGUUGUCAAUGAGUGCUCUUCGUCUCCAUGCAAAAACAAUGGGUUCUGUGUUAAUGUUGAAGAAGGUUAUGCCUGUAUUUGUCAAUUUGGCUUUGAUGGCGAAAAAUGCGAGUCAGGGCCUUGCAAAUUUAAUCCAUGUUACAACAAUGGUAAAUGUAUCCCUCACGGACUAUCUGCAUUUUGCGCAUGCAUGGCGGGAUUCUCUGGGGAAAAUUGUUCACAAGACGUGGAUGAGUGUCUGUAUGAUCCAUGUGAUGACAACUUCACUUGCAAAAACACCGUAGGUGGCUAUGAAUGUUUGUCCUGUGCCACGCUUGACAAUUGUUCUUACCAAUCGCAAAAAAACACUGUGUGGUCAACAGCCAUGCCAAAACGAUGGCAUCUGUAUUGGAGAGAAUUCCACUUAGUGGAAUUUCCAUUAGUUUUUGUUACGGAGCUAGACGGUUGCAGGAACGUUUCGUGUCUUAAUGGUGAGACCUGUAAUUCCAGUUUUGGAAACUUUUCAUGCGUCUGUCCCGUGGGAUACUGGGGUGAAUUCUGUGAGCUAGAUGUUGAUGAGUGCGAAAUUUCUCCAUGUUGGAACAAUGGAACGUGUGUAAAUUUACUUGGAGGAUAUCAGUGCAACUGUUCAGACGAUUUUGAAGGAGACCAGUGUGAAACAGAAAUAAACAUGUGUGUAUCUAACCCAUGUCUUCACGGUAACUGCUCUGCAAUCCCUGGAUCAUUUGUGUGCAACUGCCAAACAGGGUGGACAGGCCCCAGAUGUGAUGAAGAUUUAGAUGAGUGUACAUUUAGGGUUUGCGGGUUAAAUGGGACUUGUUCAAACACCGUGGGCGCCUAUUUGUGUCACUGCUUUGACGGAGUGACCGGCCAGAUUUGUGACACAGAUUUAGACGAAUGCCUAAGCAGUCCUUGUCUCAAUAGAAGACACUGUAUCAAUUUAGUCAAUGAAUACAAUUGCGUAUGUCAACCAGGAUACAGUGGGGCAAGCUGUGAACUGGACAUUGAUGAAUGUGCAUUGGGAAUCUGUAACAAUGGGGCUUCCUGUGUGAACAUUUAUGGUUCAUUUCUCUGUACCUGUGGUACAGGUUGGACGGGAAAUACCUGUCAGGAAGAUAUCAACGAGUGCGUUUUGAGUGGCUGUUCUAAUAAUGGGACGUGUGUCAACACCAAUGGGUCUCACAUCUGUCAUUGUACUGAGUACUUCAAAGGAUCUUACUGCGAAGAAGAUGUAAACGAGUGUAUUGAAUACCCUGGAAUCUGUAAGAAUGGUGGAACUUGUGAGAAUCUGUGUGGUGAUUACAGAUGUCACUGUACUGAGGGAAACCAAGGCACGCACUGUGACGGAGACAUUGAUGAGUGUAAGGAAUACAAGCCUUGUCAGAAUGGAGGGAGCUGUACAAAUACAAAAGAUUCCUUCCUCUGUACUUGCAAUUCAAAUUAUACUGUGACUCUCUGCGACGAAGAUGUUGAUGAGUGUUAUCAAAAUCCCAGCAGGUGUAAUAACGGAGAGUGUCACAACUUUUAUGGUGUGGUUCUUUGUUCCUGUCACACUGGAUUGACUGGAGCCCUCUGUGAUACAGAUGUAGACAAAUGUGAUUUGAAGCCGUGCAGCAAUAAUGGAUCCUGUGUUAAUACUCUUGGAUCAUUUCACUGUAACUGUGUUGAUAGCUGGGACGGGUCACUAUGUGAACAUGAGUUGUGCAAUACAAAGGCUACCAAACUAGUCUUUGCAGUGGAUACUUCCUUCAGUUCAACUGGUGAAAUAUUCCACAAACAGCUGCAGUACAUAACAGACGUUGUGUCAAGAAUUACAAUCUCCGACGUCAAAUUUAAAGUGGCGGUCAUUUCCUUUGGUUCCAAGGCAGAGGUAGCCAUCGAUUUUGAUUCGUAUACUAACAAAGCAGAACUUCUCGAUCAAGUGAAUAAGAUGCCAUUCAUGAACGGAACCACAAAUAUACCAGCAGCUUGUAGCGAGAUACAGAAAAUUAUAGAACUGACUUCGUGGAGAUCUCAGUUUGUGUUCUUGUUCAGACGUUUACCAUUAUUCCACGGACCGUAUUGUUUAAAUCUUGAAUACUUCAGACAAAUCAUUCAGUGUAAUGACGACCUAAUGGCCGCUCUCAGACAUAUUUUGUUGUUGGUGUGCCUAGCACUCACACAGGACGCUGUUUUAUGCGGGCUUGCUUCUACAUGGGAUUACUGCGAAUGUAGAUGGGUCGAUUGGAUGGCUUGGUCAGAUUGUUCUCGAUCUUGUGGUGGGGGCAGACGAUACAGGACUAGAGAGGUGUGGAUUCGAACGGACAAAUGUACGCUUGACUUCAAUAACUGCGCUACUGACGAUAUGGGUUUCGAGUAUAGCGACUGUAACACAUUCUGCUACAAUGGAGGAACUUUUACCAGUUCUUGUGCAUGCGUGAUUGGGUGGAACGGAAGCUGCUGCUCAAGCGAUAUUAAUGAAUGUAACACAUCCUAUCCAUGUCAACAUGGAGAUUGUAUCAACACCCCUGGGAGUUUCUUCUGCACUUGCCAUACAGGAUUUACAGAUCCUUAUUGUAGCACGGACAUCAAUGAAUGUGCCACUUCCCAUCCAUGUCAACAUGGAAAUUGUACCAACACUCCUGGGAGUUUCUUCUGCGCUUGUCAUACAGGAUUCACGGAUCCAUACUGUAGCACGGAUAUUGACGAGUGUCUCUCACUUCCUUGUACACACGGCACGUGUCACAACAGUAUGGGCUCAUAUAGCUGCACAUGCGAUAGUGGAUGGAGUGGUUUUAAUUGUGAUACUGACAUCGAUGAAUGCUUGGUUAAGCCAUCUGUUUGUUGUAAUGGAGACUGUACUAAUACAGCAGGGUCAUUUUCUUGCGGUUGCCAGUCGGGAUGGACCGGAAGUGCUUGCGAAAAAGAUAUUGAUGAGUGCAGUUCCGCACCAUGUCAGAAUAAUGGAGUAUGUAUCAAUUUGCCGGGGUAUUUUCUUUGCAAUUGUCGUGAUGGAUUUUCCGGCAAUCUGUGCCAAAGUGAUGUUGAUGAAUGCCUGUUAUCUCCUUGCAAAAACGGUGGAGUAUGUCAAAACCUUCUAGGAGGUUACUUUUGUGAUUGUGAUCAUCAAGGAGAGUACAUUGGGAAGCACUGUGAAACAGAGCUAAACGAAUGUCUGUUACCUACCCCAUGUCUGAACAAUGGAAAUUGCACUAGCAGCAAUGGUUCAUAUGAGUGUGAUUGUGCAACUCACUGGAAAGGAAACUUCUGUCAAUUUCCUUCCGUUGCGUGCGAUCCGUCGCCUUGCCAGAAUGGGGGAACUUGUUUACAUUUUAACUCAUCUUUUACUUGUGUUUGUCCUUUCGGAUAUACCGGCGAAAUCUGCGAAAUAGAUAUCGAUGAAUGUGAAAAAGAUGUAUGCUUUAACAAUGGAACAUGUAAAAAUACAAAUGGCAGCUACAUAUGUGAUUGUACGAAAAAUUUUCAAGGAAAGAAUUGCUUGGAAGUUGUCAAUGAGUGCUCUUCGUCUCCAUGCAAAAACAAUGGGUUCUGUGUUAAUGUUGAAGAAGGUUAUGCCUGUAUCUGUCAAUUUGGCUUUGAUGGCGAAAAAUGCGAGUCAGGGCCUUGCAAACUUAAUCCAUGUUACAACAAUGGUACAUGUAUCCCUCACGGACUGUCUGCAUUUUGCGUAUGCAUGGCGGAAUUCUCGGGGGAAAAUUGUUCACAAGACGUGGAUGAGUGUCUGUAUGAUCCAUGUGAUGACAACUUCACUUGCAAAAACACCUUCGGUGGCUAUGAAUGUUUGUCCUGUGCCACGCCUGACAAUUGUUCUUACCAAUCGCAAAAAACACUGUGUGGUCAACAUCCGUGCCAAAACGAAGGGAUCUGUAUUGGAGAGAAUUCCACGUAUUCGUGUUUGUGUAAAACCGGAUGGUCAGGGAAUAGUUGUGAAAUAGUUUUUGUUACAGAGCUAGACGGUUGCAGGAACGUUUCGUGCCUUAAUGGUGGGACUUGUAAUUCCAGUUUUGGAAACUUUUCAUGCGUCUGUCCCGUGGGAUACUGGGGUGAAUUCUGUGAGCUAGAUGUUGAUGAGUGCGAAAUUUCUCCAUGUUGGAACAAUGGAACGUGUGUAAAUUUACUUGGAGGAUAUCAAUGCAACUGUUCAGACGAUUUUGAAGGAGACCAGUGUGAAACAGAGAUAAACAUGUGUGUAUCUAACCCAUGUCUUCACGGUAACUGCUCUGCAAUCCCUGGAUCAUUUGUGUGCCACUGCCAAACAGGGUGGACAGGCUCCAGAUGUGAUGAAGACUUAGAUGAGUGUAAAUUUAGGGUGUGCGGGUUAAAUGGGACUUGUUUAAACACCGUGGGCUCCUAUUUGUGUCACUGCUUUGACGGAGUGACCGGCCAGAAUUGUGACACAGAUUUAGACGAAUGCCAAAGCAGUCCUUGUCUCAAUAGAGGACACUGUAUCAAUUUAGUCAAUGAAUACAAUUGCAUAUGUCAACCAGGAUACAGUGGGGCCAGAUGUGAACUGGACAUUGAUGAAUGUGCAUUGGGAAUCUGUAACAAUGGGGCUUCCUGUGUGAACACUCAUGGUUCAUUUCUCUGUACCUGUGGUACAGGUUGGACGGGAAAUACCUGUCAGGAAGAUAUCAACGAGUGCGUUCUGAGUGGCUGUUCUAAUAAUGGGACGUGUGUAAACACCAAUGGUUCUCACAUCUGUCAUUGUACUGAGUACUUCAAAGGAUCUUACUGCGAAGAAGAUGUAAACGAGUGUAUUGAAUACCCUGGAAUCUGUAAAAAUGGUGGAACUUGUGAUAAUCUGUGUGGUGAUUACAAAUGUCACUGCACUGAGGGAAACCAAGGCACGCACUGUGACGGAGACAUUGAUGAGUGUAAGGAAUACAAGCCUUGUCAGAAUGGAGGGAGCUGUACAAAUACAAAAGGUUCCUUCUUCUGUACUUGCAAUUCAAAUUAUACUGGGACUCUCUGCGACGAAGAUGUUGAUGAGUGUUAUCAAAAUCCCAGCAGGUGUAAUAACGGAGAGUGUCACAACUUUUAUGGUGGGUUUCUUUGUUCCUGUCACACUGGAUUCACCGGAGUCCUCUGUGAUACAGAUGUAGACGAAUGUGAUUUGAAGCCGUGCAGCAAUAAUGGAUCCUGUGUUAAUACUCUUGGAUCAUUUCACUGUAACUGUGUUGAUAGCUGGGACGGGCCACUAUGUGAACAUGAUUUGUGCAAUACAAAGGCUACCAAACUAGUCUUUGCAGUGGAUACUUCCUUCAGUUCAACUGGUGAAAUAUUCCACAAACAGCUGCAGUACAUAACAGACGUUGUGUCAAGAAUUACAAUCUCCGACGUCAAAUUUAAAGUGGCGGUCAUUUCCUUUGGUUCCAAGGCAAAGGUAGCCAUCGAUUUUGAUUCGUAUACUAACAAAGCAGAACUUCUCGAUCAAGUGAAUAAGAUGCCAUUCAUGAACGGAACCACAAAUAUACCAGCAGCUUGUAUCGAGAUACAGAAAAUUAUAGAACUGACUUCAUGGAGAUCUCAGUUUGUGUUCUUGUUCACAGACGGGAUGCCCAAUUCUUUGAGUGAUGCAGUCAAUUCUGUGAGUAAUUUGAGGUCUUAUCUUGAAUUAUCCAGCGAUCAGAAUGAAGUCUAUCUAAUAACUUGCGGUAAUGAUGUUAAACAUGAGGGUUUCCAUCAGCUUUCCAAAAAUUCCCGACACAGUGAUGUAUUUCCAAGCACAAAUUUGGAACCCUUGUACAACGUUUUCCAGAAACGAGUAAAUGUAACGUGUGCAGCCUGUGAAAUCAGACGGGACGUUGAUUUGGUUUUUGUCUUGGAUACAUCGAGCAUUCAACACCCAACAACAUACCUGGCCAGCCGGAACAUUUUCCUUCAGCUACUCGCGGCAAUGCACGAGUUUGUUUUCUUGGGUCAAGGAUACGUGCAGAUUGGCGUUGUUCACUAUUCGGAUAACGCCACGGUGUUUAUGCCUUUGAAUUUUACCCACGAUCUGAAUACAUUUGCCAGUACAUUCCAAGCUUCGUUGCAAGACAAUUUCAACAGCUCGUCAAACUUGUCGAACGCUCUUCAAUUCAUCCAGGAAGAAAUGUUUACGACAAAACAUGGAGCCAGAGACCAUGCCUCAAAAUAUGUUGUUCAUGUCUUUAAUGGACACGUCACAAACAUUACAAAGUCCAUUGGUAUUGUUGAAAACAUGACAAAGAAAGGAAUUAAUAUUUUGUCUAUUGGUAUAGGAACGAAGUACCAGGACUCGGAUGUGUUAAAAACGGCUACUAGUCCAUUCCAUGCAUAUUUCUCUGAGCUGGACUUUUCAACAAACCAAUGGACAUUAACAAAUACUGAGCUUGAUUUCAUCAAGAAAUUCAACAGUCGACUAGAAUGUACAAGUAGGAUUAAUGCUUAAAUUCUAUAUCAAAACUUUUUGAAUUGCAGUAUUUUAAUGCGUUGUAAGACAUAGUUUUAUCCUUGCAUAUAGUUUUCAAUUGAAGUAAUGGAACUGCAUGGAGCAAAAUCAGUAAUUAAUAAUAGUAAAUUUCAAUAUAUUUUGGAUAAAUUAAAAAGGUUAGUCUUGUUUUCAUUGAGGUAUAAUAUAAAAUCUUUAUCAGAAAUUGCCUACACAACAAACAAAAUGGAUGUCUAAACUUACAUCAGUAAGGUGCAAAAUGGAGUUGUUUAUGAAAUAGUUUGUACCCGACACAGUUCGACUUUGUAAUUCGUUGAGUUUAGAUGUUAAAAAAGAAACGUCUGUCCCCUGGUUUAAAAGUCGUUGGUAAAGGCAAGAUAAAUAUUAUACAUACCAAGCUCAGACAUCACCAUAUUCUUACUUAAGAUUUAUGUAUACAUAUGAAAUAUUACAGAGAGAGGAUUUUUUUUUAUUUGGACUACAUGAAGAUGCAUAUCAUUAUUUUUUACUUGUACAAAUUAUACAAAUGCUAGAAACAAUUAUUUUCAUAAAUUUCUACUACAACUGGGCCACUUUUGUGUUAUUAAUACACAUCUUUUAUUGUGGGGUGAUGAGUCUUUGUCUACUAUUAUUAACAAUCAACUAACAUUUUCUGUUUUUGCUUUACCUUUCUUUUGUAAUUCUAUUCGUACAUUUAUUCUUUUCAAAGUACAGUUGUAAGUUUUCGUACGUUUUUGUACUUUUUUGUUUUAUUGGUGAAGACCACAUAAGUUUUUUAAACUUGUACCUGAACCUUUUGUAUUCUUUGAAAUACAAUAAAAAAUGUUCAAAUCAAA